GUGACCAAUCUCUCUCUUCAAACAGUACAAGCUCAUGUGUAUUCUUGCUGGCUAUCUUGCUCUUUAUUAAAAGCCCAUAAGUUUCUCUCUCUCUCUCUCACAAUUACACAGACAAUAAACAUACAAAUGGCACCAGCUUCUUUCCAUCACACCUCAAAUACAGUAUGUGUUAUGGAUGCCUCAGGGCGCCUAGGCUCGACCCUGGUCGAGCGUCUCCUCCAAAGAGGCUACACUGUCCACGCUGCGGUUCAACACCAUGAUGAAUUGCAAUUUAAUGGGCUUGCUUCUGAUAACAAGAAGCUGAAGAUUUUCCAUUCAGAUCCCUACGACUAUCAAAGCAUAAUUGAUGCUUUGAAGGGCUGCUCUGGCUUGUUUUACACAUUUGAGCCCCCAAAAGACCAACCCUCCUAUGAUGAAUUUAUGGCGGAAGUGGAGGUGAGGGCAGCACACAACGUUCUAGAAGCUUGUGCACAAACAGAAACAUUGGAGAAGGUGGUUUUCACAUCCUCGGUCACAGCCGUCGUUUGGAGAGAUGAUCGUAAGUCCACAGCAUCUGAUUUGGAUGAGAGACACUGGAGUGACAUUAAUUUUUGUCGUAAAUAUAAGUUGUGGCAUGCGGUAUCAAAGACACUAGCAGAAAAGACAGCAUGGGCCUUAGCAAUGGACAGGGGAGUGAAUAUGGUAUCAAUCAAUGCAGGGUUGAUUAUGGGCCCUGAUCUGUCUAUUACUAACCCAUAUUUGAAGGGAGCUGCUGAGAUGUACGAAGAUGGAGUGUUGGUGACCGUCGAUCUCAAUUCUUUGGUGGAAGCCCACAUUUGUGUCUACGAAGAUAUCUCAUCCUAUGGACGUUACUUAUCUUUCAAUCAUGUUAUUAAUCGGCAUGAAGAUGCAGUUAAGCUUGCCCAGAUGUUGGCCUCUUCUACCCCUAUGUUACCUCAAAGCGGUGAGCAGGAUAUGAAGAUCAUCCAACAGAGGAUAAGCAACAAGAAAUUGAACAAAUUGAUGGUGAAUUUCGAGGGUAGGAGUGAUGAAAACUCAUCGUGAUUAAAAUUAAAUUAAAGCAUACAUAUUAUUAACAUAUCAAUCGGGAUGGCUUGGCUCCUGCAGAUCGUUUUCCAUCCUGUCUUUUUUUUCUUUUUUCUUUUGCCUUUUGUUUUGUAUGAAUGCUUAAUUAUUAAUAUUAUACCAAAAUAAAUUCAUGAAUCCUUUCUUCCUUCAUCCA